AUGCAAACGUUCCUCCUCCUCCUCGGCUCCAUCAUCACCUGCGCCAUGGCCAUGGCGCGGGUUGGAGGACUCUCGGGCCUCUUCUCAAGCACUCAGGACAAGAGAAACCUUCAUCUCCUCCGCUCCGACAGCGACACGCCGUACUCUCUGCUGGGCCUGCUGCUGGGGGCGCCGUUCCUCAUCGGCUGGUACCACUGCUGCAACCAGGACAUGGUUCAACGAGGGCUGGCAGCGAAGGAUAUGGAGCAUGCGAAGGGAGGGUGCGUGAUGGCGGGAUGGCUGAAAUUGCUGCCUCCCUUCCUGUUCCUGCUGCCCGGCAUGGCUGCUCGCCUCUUGUUCCCGCAGGAGCUUCAAUGCCACACGACCCCUUCCUCCUCCUCCUGCAGCAACCCGGACGCUGCGUUCCCCCUCCUUGUCCACCAGCUCAUCCCCGCAGGUCUCCGAGGCCUCGUCCUCGCUGCCGUCCUCGCCGCCAUGAUGUCUACCCUCGCCUCCGCCUUCAACUCCUCCUCCACCCUCUUCACCAUGGACAUCUACCUUCGUGCCCGUCCUUCCGCCUCCUCCCAUGAGCUCGUGCUUGUGGGCAAGGCCUGUACUCUCCUCCUUGCCGUCCUCGCCGUCCUGUGGGUUCCCGUCAUCAAGCGCCUCCGAGCUGCCGUCUACGUGUACGCACAGAUGGCGAACGGAUGCCUCUCUCCUCCCAUCUUCACCCUCUUCUGCCUCUCCCUCUCCUCCUCCUCCCUCAACUCUGCUGGCGCUCUUGCUGGGCUCUCCCUGGGGCACUUGCUCGGCUUCACCCGCAUGGCGGUGUGCAUAGCAAUGGGGGCUGCGAGGCCUCGCGCUCCUCCUCCUCCCUCCUCGAGCGUCUCUUCCUCGGGACCGAGUUCCUGCUCUUCGCCUUCGCCCAGGGAGUCAUCUCCGGCCUCGUCAUGGUGGUUGUGA